AUGGUGGUUGGUGAAUAUUCAUGGGUAACGGUUAACACAGAAGAAAAAGGGCCUGUCAAGUGCAUAAGCAUGAAGAGAGACAUUGCCAAGACUUUAUCGCUGGGAAGAAAGGGCACCUUCCCUGUGAGCGCUCUGCUCGGCGCGCGAAUGGGCGUGACUCUGCACUGGGAGAAUGGAGAAAUGCGCGAGCACUCAGAAGCCCAGCCAGAGGGAAAGCACACUGCAAGGAAGUUCAAGAAACACUCAAAAACAAUUCUGCUGAAGACCCCUACUCUCCCCGAUCUUGUGGCAAUGUACAACGGAAAAGGAGACAUGACAGUGUCGCAUGAAGUUCUGUCCCAAGUGAUCUUUCAUGCAAUUGGAGUGAAGUAUGUCGCUGUGCUGGACGAGUACAAGUCGAUGUUCCUGGCAGCAGUGGCAGUGGCCAGAGGAACAGAGAACUUGAGCAGAAUAGGUGGACACACACACAAUAUACACACGCUUGGAGCCCUUGGCUUCGGACUAAACAUCAGCGCAUUCACAAAGGAAAGCAUCCCCAGGGGGGCUGGCAGUGUGCUCUUUGUGCUGGCGCAGAAGAAGAAGUACGAAAUGAAGGAAGUCCUGGAGAUUGUAAAGGGAGAGCCCGAGAGUAAGAGAGUGAGCAUCGAUUUUCUCCUUUACCAUCCAGUGAAAGAGGGAAUACUCGGAGUGUUUAAUGAAAUGAUGCAGAGCAGAUCAUUUGGCCUGCUGGAUCUGCGAGAGCUGUUCUACAGAGAGUACCAAAGCAGGAUAGGAGCCAUACACCCUGCAAUGAGCAAACUGGGAUGCUCGGGGUUUAUUCUGAGUGGUUCAUUCUUUGACAAUGGAAGAUAA